CCCGACUCCAGUGCUGUCAAACGCAUUCGAAGAGGGGAGGGUCAACAUGGCGUCUGAGCAGGUCUGUUUCCAUUAAGACGUUAUUGUUUUUCUACAUUUCACAUUACCGUUUUUCUUUCCAAACGUCAGUAGUUUAGAUUUAGGCAUCUAUAUGCACUACGAACUCAUUUGAAAGGAAUUACUCUAUUCGGUCGGCGUUGUAAAGCGUGUGCGGAGUAUCCAACGCGAUCACGCUUCCAAGCCCUGUAGGCUACACUGUUUUUAUGAUAGACAUCGCUCAAAAUAACGGCUUGAUCGCCGCAGGUUUUCCACGGCAUUGGACAGUUUGAACUGGUUGUAUUACCCCAAAGCAUUAAGUUAUCUUUUCAUCAGAAUUGAAUAUGGACAUAGACUAUUCACAUUUGUUACAGGGAAUAUACGUGUACUUUAUUUUUAGUCAUUACCUACAGACAGAGAGACUCGGGUGUUUAAUUGCGCGCAUUCCUCAGAAGCAACCUGUCUAUCCAGCGACGCCUGCAUAAAAUCUAAUGAAAUGAAAUAGAAUGUGGUGGUUACAAUGUUACAAUAUGUGUUUCUGUUUCUCUGUACUCAGAGAUACAGUAUAUUUGUUACAUUGUAACUACAUAUGGUAGUUAAAUAGACUGUCAAUUGGGUUGUUACAAUGUAUCAACUACUAGAUCAACUAGACUGUAGAGUGAAACAAAAUAACAUUUAAGUCAUUUAGCAGACUCUCUUAUCCAGAGCGACUUACAGUUAGUGAGUGCAUACAUAAUUGUUUAAUUUUUCAUACUGGCCCACCGUGGGAAUCGAACCCACAACCCUGGCGUUGCAAACGCCAUGCUCUACCAACUGAGCUACAUCCCUGCCAGCCAUUCCCUCCCCUACCCUGGGCCAAUUGUGCACCGCCCCAUGGGUCUCCCGGUCGCGGCCGGCUACGACAGAGCCUGGAUUCAAACCAGGAUCUCUAGUGGCACAGCUAGCACUGCGAUACAGUGCCUUAGACCACUGCGCCACUCGGGAAAUAACGUGGUAGUUACAGUGUAUAGAACUCGCAAUGUUUCAAAUCACACAGAGAGGUGUACAGUGAAGUCCAUGUGUUGAUUGAUGGGGACCACCCAGAAAGUGUUGUUUGUAGAUGUCACAGCAGUAUAACAUGUCAAAGUUGGGUAAGCCUACUGAGCCUUGACAUUGCUGCUGUUCUGUGUGUUGAAGGAGAGUUCUAAUGGGCCUGUGAAGAGGUCCAUGAGGGAGAAGGCCAUCGAACGGCGGGCCACCAACAAGGAGCACAACAGCAACUUCAAGGCAGGCUAUGUGCCCAUUGAGGAGGAGCGCCUGCACAAGACAGGCCUGAGAGGACGCAAGGGCAACAUGGCUGUCUGCAUCAUAGUCCUGCUCUUCUUGCUGGCUCUCAUCAACAUCAUUGUGAGUGCCCAAUGACACAAAACGUGUCCUCUGUAUAAUGUAAUCAUCCUUGUUUAUCUGAAUUCACUUUUUAACUCAGGCUAGUAGCAUGCAUGAUAUCAUCAGAAUGUUAGUUAUGGAUAUGUUAUAACUAGUUCUGAUUAUGACAAAUCAAAUCACUAUAUCUGAAUCGCUGACAUUUGUCCCAUCUUUCAGAUCACUCUAGUGAUAUGGACAGUGAUCCGCAUCGGGCCCAGUGGUUGUGACAGUAUGGAGUUCCAUGAGAGUGGGCUGCUGCGCUUCAAGCAGAAGGCAGACAUGGGUGUGGUCCACCCACUACACAAGAGCACUGUGGGGGGCAGGAAGGACCAGGACCUGGUUAUCACCGGCAACAACAACCCGGUGAGCUCAGGCAAAACACACUCACUUAGGAAAAAACACUCACUUAGGCAAAAAACACUCACUUAGGCAAAACACAGUCACACAGAAUAGAUUCAGAACACACAAAUACAUUGUUAUAACCAGUCUAUACAUACACACUUCCCCAAUAACCAGAUAUGAAUACAUUAAAUCAGACUGUAUAUGGUUUUUGUAUGUGUGUUCCAGGUGGUGUUCCAGCAGGGCUCCACUAAGCUCAGUGUUGAGAAAGAGAAGACGUCCAUCACCAGUGACAUGGGCAUAUCCUUCACUGACCCCCGCACUCAGAACACAUUCUUCAGCACAGACUUUGAAAACCACGAGUUCCACCUGCCCAAAGGAGUCAAAGUACUCAGUGUGAAGAAAGCCUCCACAGAAAGGGUAUGUUUCAGGGCUACAGAAGCCAUCUAAUAAAAUAUGUAGCACCACAAAUAGUGUUACUGUAGAUCAAAUACAUUCUAGUAUCCAUUCCUGUCAUUGAUUAAUAUUUUUUUUUAAUCCCAGAAUAAGUGGUAGAUCUCUGAAGACUCUCUCUGCUUUCAGAUCACCAGCAACGCUUCCUCUGAUUUGUCCAUCAAAGGGGACAGCAAGGCCAUCAUCCGCGGCAAUGAGGGGGUCUUCAUCAUGGGCAAGACCGUGGAGUUCAGGAUGGGAGGGGACAUCGAGCUCAGAGCUGUGAGUGUCACCCCUUACCCAAUUUGUAAUACAUGUUUAUCAGGCCCUCUCCACGGCCCCCCCAGACGUUUCACAUUUUUGUUUUAGCCCUAAACUGGCACACCUGAUUCAAUUAGUCAAAGGCUUGAUGAUUGGGAAACCCUGGUCUAUGGUGUAUUGCAUUCCAUAAAAAGUUAUGGUUAACAAGGUCUUUCCCUUUGCAGGAGAACAGUAUUGUUCUGAAUGGGUCGGUGAUGGUGAGCGUCACUCGCAUGCCUAACUCCUCAGUGGGAGCCAACGUGUAUUUCGACGAAGGUCUGUUGAGGGACAAGCUGUGUAUGUGUGCAGACAUCACUCUGUUCCGUGUCCAGGUGAAGUAUCAGAACAUGGGCUGCCAGACCUCAGACAACCCCUGUGGAACGGCCCACUAAAGGGACUGGAACACAAACUGAGGUUACACCAUCCAUCCUGUCCUACAAUCAAUAGAUGGUCAAGUAUGGCCAACCAGUGUUGAAAUACCCUAGAACUACAGU